CUUUAAUUCUCAUCAAGCAACCACUGGUAGUACACUGCAAAUAUUCCUCUUGCCGUGUCACUGGCUUGCUCUGCUCGAUCACGAGCUUGAACUGUGCUUGUGAUCAGCGAGCAAUGGCUACUCAAUGGGUGCUCGUGGUGGUUGCUGUAAUGGCCGUGCUCUUCGCCGGAGGCGCCGCCGGCGGGCAGCUGUCGACGAGGUACUACGACGGCAAGUGCCCGAACGUGCAGAGCAUCGUGAGGGCCGGGAUGGCGCAGGCCGUGGCGGCGGAGCCCCGGAUGGGCGCCUCCAUCCUCCGCAUGUUCUUCCACGACUGCUUCGUCAACGGGUGCGACGCGUCCAUCUUGCUCGACGACACGGCCAACUUCACCGGCGAAAAGAACGCCGGGCCGAACGCCAACUCGGUGCGCGGGUACGAGGUGAUCGACGCCAUCAAGACCCAGGUCGAGGCGUCCUGCAACGCCACCGUCUCCUGCGCCGACAUCCUCGCCCUCGCCGCGCGCGACGCCGUCAACCUGCUGGGCGGGCCGACGUGGACGGUGCAGCUGGGUCGCCGCGACGCGCUGACGGCGAGCCAGAGCGCGGCGAACGGCAACCUGCCGGGGCCGGGGUCCGACCUCGCCACGCUCGUCACCAUGUUCGGCAACAAGGGGCUGUCGCCGCGGGACAUGACGGCGCUGUCGGGCGCGCACACGCUGGGGCAGGCCCGGUGCGCCACGUUCCGCAGCCGCAUCUUCGGCGACGGCAACGUCGACGCCGCCUUCGCCGCGCUCCGGCAGCAGGCGUGCCCGCAGUCCGGCGGCGACACGACGCUGGCGCCCAUCGACGUGCAGACGCCCGACGCGUUCGACAACGCCUACUACGCGAACCUGGUGAAGAAGCAGGGGCUGUUCCACUCCGACCAGGAGCUGUUCAACGGCGGGUCGCAGGACGCGCUGGUGAGGAAGUACGCCGGCAACGCCGGCAUGUUCGCCGCCGACUUCGCCAAGGCGAUGGUGAGGAUGGGCGCCCUCCUGCCGGCGGCCGGGACGCCGACCGAGGUCCGUCUGAACUGUAGGAAGGUCAACUAAAGUCAACCUGAUGACGAACGUGUCCAAGAACUACAAGUGUAGUGAACAGUCAAGAUGGCUGUUUCUGCUCCUUUGGAUUUAUUUUUGUGAUCUGGUUAAUAUUUUUAUUAUUUGUGGAAUUAAUAAUGUUGCUGUAAACAUCUUUUGAUAGCUGCCAGUCAGUCAAUGAUCAUCUGUAAGCAUAAAAAAACGUUUGAAAAUAUGUUGCACAUGUUUUUGUGACAAA